UGGCAAUAAAGCCAGGUCUAUUUGACUGCUAUGUUUUCAAUUUUCGACACGAUUUUAUGAAUAGUUGGCUAACACAUUGUAUAUAGAUGACAAAAUGGUCAGCGAAAAAGCCAUUCAGCGCCGCUUGCUGCAGCAGUGCGUGUACAAGAGCCUUCAUCGCCGAGGUGUCGUCAGUCACACGUGUCGCAAGGUUGUUUUGUUAAAACUUACUUCAUUUUUAGAAAUUCACGCCAUUUUGUUAUCGAACCCUGAGGUAGCAUUUUCAAGACCAGGGAUGUUGAAUAAAAUGUAAUAGCACUUAUAACGUGACGUCAUAAAGAGCUAUCUUUAUUAGCUAUCUUCCAAAAUUAGAAAGAAUGAACGGUUGAAAUGGUUAAUAAGAGUUUUGCUGCUGAACUGCUUUAUGGUCUGGUUUAUAGAUCAAAGGGCCAAGACAAAAUUAUAUGAUUGGACGAGAAAGAGCCUAGACUCAUGUGGCCGUAUAACAGUCAAUUUGUAACACAUAAACACAUUUUACUUAUUUCCCAACUUGAGAGGUAUUUCAUGAUUUUCAUUCGGGCUAUGUGAUCCAAAUUAAAAUAAUUCACAUAAAAGAUGAUUAUGAAAUUGUAAGUAAGCCAGUCAUGGUCGCCAGCAGGGGCGUCGCGACCGGGGGUGUGGGGGAGGGGGGUGUCACACCUUUUCAGGUAAAAUCCGCUGGGUGGAAGAAACGCUUUAGUUAUUUUAAAGACCUUCAUGUCAUAAAAUCAAUAAAGGAUCAAGCAAAGGUAGUUGCUCUGUUGGUUAAAUAUGAUGUUCCUUGAUAUGAAUGAAAGUAAACAAACUAACGAUUCGAAUAUUUGAAGAUUUCUUGUUGGCACUAAAUCGAAAAAUCCAGGCCCUCUUUAGGUAAAAUUGUGUCCUGUGUCCAUUUCCCUUUAAGUUUCUCGGUAGAAGCGUCAACUGUAUGUAAUUCACUAUGAGCUCAAAAUUUGUUUAACAUUGAAAAGGUAUGCUUAGAUGGAAAGAGGGAUCGAAAUUGACAACCAGCGCUGCUUGUUACCUAUCUUCAGAAGUAACUGACAACAUGGUAUUUCUCAAGACCACGGCGAAAUUGUACCAGUUGUUUUUAUCUGCUGUUCAAUUGUUCGCAAAAAAAAUUAUUUUCAAUAGGAUUAGGAGGAUUUCUUUAGUGAAAUGUGCUUGAAAGAGUGCAUUUUCCAGAGAACUAAAAGCAUCAAAAUUCGAAAAUUUCCUGCUCCUUCGGCGGCAACCAUGGUGCCGCCUCGGGUAGUAACUAUAUCCUUUGCCCGUUCCGAUUUAGAGAUUUGACAAAACUAUUAGGAAAAUUCCGUUAUUAUCAAAUUAAAAUGAAAGUUGCGAAUUAUAUACAGCGUUAGAUUAACAAAAUGCAUUGCAGAGGUUUGUGACAGCAACUAAAGAAUUUCAGGCCAAAAUUUUUCAACCGGGUAAAUUUACUGUAGGGACCAUGGCACCACCACUUUUUUGGUAAGCAAAAUAUUUCCAUAGAGGCCCUGCUUUGAAGCACUAAAUUCAUGUUCUAUGUAUGAAACGAAACUUGGCCCUUCCAUCUUGAAAUUCGUGAUGUGGGCCCUGCAUUUACAAACAUAAUUUCAAUUUGAACAGCCUGAUUUAACUGAAUCUGACAGCAAGAUUUGGAAGAAAUAACGAACUGAGUACAUAAUAACUAAUAAGAUAGGCAUUCGUAAUAUAAGUAGUGUAAGCUUAGUACACUGAGGGGGCUAACACACAACACAUAAUUAUUUCACAAAUCAUGAACCGGAAGUGGCCCGCGGGCCUUGAAAUUGCCGCGCGUGCUUCAAAGCUCAUAUUCUUGAAAGAUUACGAAUGUAAACUUGAUAUAGAUGAUAUCGAAACAUUUUUCUAAAGAUGAAUUGCCUAGUGAUUUGUGUUUUUUUCCGUCAAAGUAAAUUACUCCUUGGCGGAUCUCUGCUUUCCCUCUUUCGCAUCGCACCUAAUUAUGGGAUUGAAAAUGUUGGUUUCAUUCUCUGGAAUUCAAAGUUUCCUGGAAAUUUCAUACUCUGGAAUUCGAACGAAAGCGUUUUUCUUGGAAAUGGUUUUUUUUAACACGAAAGUAAAUUUUACAAUGCAUAUGACAUCAUGCUGCCGAACAUUAGCAGCUCCAACCGCUUCGAGCUGAAAAGAGAGCGGGGUGUUCUGAUCUGAGAGGGAGCAACUCACCUUGCCGGUACUUUCAUGAGCCAACCAUCAGAUCCGCAUGAACGAAGAAUGAGGUAAGGGGUGCACCCAUAUCGAGCAGCAUCCAGGGACUAUAAAUAAUUGCCAGAAUGGCCCUCAGAACAUUAGAAAAGAAGCAAUUGAAAAGUUGGCAAAGCAGACUACACAAACAGUUAUUGUACAGGCGAAUAUGGAUUCACAUAAAGGUAUCUUCUUGGUGCUUCUUGCAACAAUAAUGGCCAAUUCAGAUGCUUUUCCAGUUGGUCAUCCUAACAAUACGACAAACCAUCAAGCCAACGCCACUCAAACAGUAGAAAGUAUUAGGCAGAGUUUUCAUAGCAUGACAAUCAAUGAAAUUGCUAAAUCAAUGAGGGACAGCAUAUUCAAUCUAAUAAAAGACUGCCUAAUAGUGGAGCAAAAUUUCGCGUCAAGCCUUCCACAAAACUUGGAAACAGCAUCAGCACCAUUCAACCAGCUCAAGCUUGAUUCAAUUUCAUGCCAACCAUUUCAGAUCGUUGACCGUAUGCGAACAUACAGGCAUGCCUUGAUCCAGUUCACAAACCCGUUAAACACCAUGAUGAAGGAAGCUCAAUGGAGCCCAACACAACGAAGAAUGCUUUUAAAACUGAGCAACUCAUUGAUUUGGCUCAACGUAUAUCAAAUCAAAAUGUUGGAAAGCUUUGAGGCUGAUGAAGUUAAGAGCUCAUUAUCUCCGUCAGUCUUGCAACUGGAAACUGCCACAAGAUCCUACUUGGCAAACAAUUUCCCACAGCUGCAUGUCACCGAGAACCAAAUGAAAACCGUGAGAACCUUAAGCUUUGUAAAAGCCCUGAGUAAAGUUGUUGAGACCAUGCAGUUGGAGACAGGACUUGCAAUGCCGUUUACGGAAUGAAUGACAAACUGCAUGACUUUUACUAGCUUAUUGUAAAAUUUUCAAUUUGUUGUAAAUUUUAUGUAGCAUAUUUUGU